CAACCAAACCAAAACUUCUUGCGCUGCUCGUUCCUUCGUUCUUCAGAGAACGAACGAAGUCGUCGGGAAAUGGAGGCGGCGCCGGCGGCUCUGCGUCGUCCGGCCGGCUCGGACGAUGCUGCGGAUCCUCCGAGGUGCCCGCCGGCCCCGGCGGCGGCGGGGAGCGGCGCGAUGAGUGGCGGCGCGGCGACCAAGCUGCAGAAGGUGUACCGCAGCUACCGGACCAGGCGGAGGCUCGCCGACUCCGCCGUCGUCGUCGAGGAGCUCUGGUGGAAAGCACUGGACUUUGCCCGACUUAACUACAACACUAUCUCCUUCUUCGACGAACCCAAGCCUAAGACUGCUGCCUCACAUUGGAAUCGUAUUAGCCAAAAUGCAUUGAAGGUGGGUCACGGUCUCUCUAGGGAUGCCAAGGCUCUCAAGUUGGCUUUUGAGCACUGGAUCGAGGCUAUUGACUCGCGACAUCGCUCUGGGCACAACCUACACUUCUACUAUAAUUUAUGGUGCCAAAGCCAAGCUGGUCAGCCCUUCUUCUAUUGGCUUGAUGUCGGGGAUGGAAAAGAUGUGGAUCUUCCCGAGUGUCCAAGAACUUUGCUGAAGAAGCAAUGCAUAAGAUAUCUUGGUCCAAAAGAACGUGAGCUCUAUGAAUACAUUAUCAAUGAGGGAAAGAUUACCCAUAAGCAGUCUGGAGUACCACUUGAUACAAGCCAUGGUCCUAAAGGGGCUUAUUGGAUUUUUGUCAUGAGCACAACAAGAAGACUUUAUGCUGGCAAGAAGGAGAAAGGUGUAUUUCAGCACUCUAGCUUUUUAGCAGGAGGUGCCACCAUAGCGGCUGGGAAAUUUACUGUACAAGCCGGAGUAAUCAAGUCGAUCUGCGCAUAUAGUGGUCACUACAAACCAAGCAUAGAGGAUCUCAACAAUUUCAUGAAAUUUCUAGAAGAAAAUGGAGUUAAUGUCAAAGAAAUUGAGAUGCGGCCAUUCACCAAAGGAGACUACCAUGACGAUUCAAUGCCUAAUGAAACACAAAAUGUUGUUGUUGAUACCAAUACUUCGCAAGUGGUUCUCUCUGUAGACACAAAGGAAGAUGAUGAAGGCAAGGAUUCUCCAACAGAACAAGCAAAGCUGACAUACUGUAGAAACUUAUCAGGUGGCCUACACAGCGCCAAAGACACUAAUGUCUCUCAGAAGGCAAUUCUUGAGAGGAUUAAAUCCAAGAGUGAGUCUGAAUCUUAUCAACUUGGCCUAAAGUUGUCCCUGAAAUGGAGCACUGGAGCUGGUCCUAGAAUUGGAUGUGUGAAGGAUUAUCCAACAGAGCUUAGAAUACAAGCACUUGAAAUGGUAGACCUGUUAGCAGGGGCAUCAACAGUACCACAUACGCCGUUGCUUGCACAAGCUCAAGAAUGUCAUGACCCGGCUAGUAGGUUAGAAGCCUAGAAGACGAUCUCAUCACAUGUGCACUGCAUGGAUCAACUACCAUUACUGACAAUAAGAAACCUAUGCAGUUCGUAUGUUGGAAAAUGUAACUUUAGAGCUGUAUUGUGAUUGUGUUGUGUACUAGAAGGAUUUCUUGGUUCUUUCUUUGAAUUUGCUAUAUUGAAAAGUUCACCUAAUGUCACAAGUUAUUGAUUUAAGUCAUUAUAGAAAUAGUGUUAGACCCUGUUUA